UGGUGUGUGUGGUGUGUGACGUGUCGAGUCGUGUGAUGAGUACGUGUGCGUGUUUAUAAAUGUUGAUUGUUGUGAUGAUGACGAUGAUGUUCAAUGGGCUGGUGUGUGUGGAUUCAGACAAUAGUGACUUUACUAAAGACAGCGGCGGCGGCGGAUCGAGCUGCGCGGGCGCAGGCGCCAGCGAGCGCUACUACCGCGACAAGCUUAUCGCCACGCUACAGAUUUUGGAGAACAAGGAGGAGACGAUACGUGUACAAGGUUCAAGUCUGUGCGUGGCGGAGGGCCGCAUCGCCGAGUUGACCAAGCGGGCCACCCAACUACGGCGGGAGUUGGACCACAAGGCGCAAGAGUUGACCCAGCUGCGGCAGUGCGCAGAGAGCUGCCGGGUUGACAAGAGCGAUGUCUGCAUCAGCACCGACAUUAAGAGUGAUUGUACGUGCGGUCUACAGGAAGAAAACUCGUCGUUGAAAGAAAGAAACAGAACUUUAGAGGAUGAACUAGAGCAAGUUAGGCAAAGAAAUAAAGAUCUCGAUGAGUGCUUGCGGUAUGAACUAAGUGAGCAGUAUGAAAAACAAUUGAAAGAAAAGGAACGAGAGACGGAGGAAGCAGUGGAGAAGUUGGCCGAGGUGGAAAAAACUUCUAUAAAACGAGGCGAAGCUUGCGAGACCCUCAAGAGGCAGUUACAACAGGCACAAGUAUUGGUGGAGGAUAAGACAGCAGAGCUGGUGGAUGUGCAGGAGACGAGCGCCGCGAAGGACGUCACCAUCAGGUGCCUUCAACAAAAGCUGGAGCACUCGGAGACGCUUGUCCAAGAGGGAUUGAAUAAAUUGUCGGAAGUAACUCAGUCGCGGUCGGAUAUACUGUUGAAGAGUCAGGCCACGAUCUCCGAGCUGGAGCACCGGCUGAAGCUUGCCGUGCGGCGCUGCCGGGAGCUGGAGGCCGGGUGCAGAGAGCAAGAGCGCUCAACGUCAAAACUACAAGCGUGUCUAGAGGAGGCACAAGCUAGAGGAGCGCUGCUAUGUGACGAGUCGCGGCGCGUGACUGCCGGCGUCCGCCAGUGGAUGAGGGAGAAGAAACAACAGACCAGAGAACAACAAGAUAAAAUUAAAUUACAGAAAUUAAAAAUUCGUGAAUUGGAACGUUGUGCUCGAAUGCGACAAAACAACGAUCUCACUAGCCAGAGCGAGACAGAACCAAGUUGCAGCGUAUCACCAUGUGAAAGCGGGACGUAUCGCCGCAGACUCAGGCACAUGUGUGCGAGCGAGAUAAUCUCGCCUAGCGUCUCUCUAGCGUGUGUAGGGCGGGAGGACGAGACUGCUAGUUGUUCCAAGUGCGUGUCGAAUAGGCAGCAGGAGAGUGAAAGCGAGAUGGCAAGCUGUUCACGUGCUCCCGUGCCGCCGACAAGAAAGAAGAGGCAGCAGUCUCGCAAUGACCUUAACUGUCUUACCCCACGACUAUCACGCGUCCGCUUCGAGCCCUGCAGCCACCCGGACAUCCGAUGGACCCGCCUGUACAGUCGACUCCCGCGGCAGCUAUCGAGCGGACACGUGGAGUACAGUCAGCCGCGACAAGUGUCUACUGGACCGGUGGACUACAGGCGGCCGCGGCAGGUGACUACAGACGAGGUGCUGGAGAGAGUAGAGCACUUGCAUACCGCGCUGGUUGACGGCCAGAGGCGCUGGGGCAGGCAUCGACGGUGAUAGAAGAUUUCUUUUAUCUUAUGUUAUAAAUAAUACUACCCUGAUCCCUUUCGAAAAAUGUACUCCUCGGCUUCUGAUUGUAUUUAACCUUUUCGACGCCAUGUCAAACAUAAAAGCUGUCACUGGGACGCCACGUCACCGAAGUGUCAAAACGGAAGUUGAACCCUAUGCAUAUGCACGUAGGUCUAUGUUGCUCUGUGGUCAGUGACGGAUUAAUCCGUCGUCGCCUUUGGACCUACGGUGCGGAUAUAUCCGUCAUUGGCGUCCGCACUGGGCAGGCAUAGACGGUGAUUAUAAAUAUUAAUUGGCUUAACACACAAUAAAGUCUACAAGGCCGCCCUUUAGAAGAAGAUAAAUGUUCCAAUACCUAAAACAGUGGACACCGUUCGAGGAAUGAGCCUUAGUUAGCAUUUUUAACUUUAAAGUUAAAAGCAAAUUGUGUAUUUUUUAUUGGAAUCAUGACCAACGUUACCAUAAUGAUAAUGUACCUACACUACCUACAGUUACCGAUAUUGUAUAUAUUGUACUGUACAAGACUUAACUUUUCGGAUGCAUUUAUUUUUAGCACUUACUACUUACUUGCGGUUGUUAUGAUCUAUUUAUUGUCUCUACAUCUUUACCCUGUACACGCGAAUCACUUCUUUAUUGGUCAUCAUUUGACACGACGAAUGGUGCAGGUCGUAUUUAUUAAAUUGUUUGGCGUGUGUAUAAAAUGUAUUGACAGGUUUGAGUUAAACAUUUAAAUUGUGACCAUUGUAAUAGUCGACGAGCAGUGAAGAUUAUCAAGACAGAUAAAUACGUCAUGUAACCGUGUGGUAUUCGUUUGCUAGUCGUAUUAGGUUGUACUUUAUUUAUUAACUAUUGUAUUUAUUUGUAACGAAGAUUGUUUUGUUAAAGGUGAAUUAAAACAAUUAGAUUUACAAAAACGUUUUAUUUUCAUUCAAAAUAAUUCACAAAAAUUUAUAAAAAAAUAAUCUAUUUACAUAACGUACAUAAAUACAUGACUGUACAUUAAUGUUUAAGGUAGCUAUACAGAAUUAGAGAAAGUGACAUCGGUUGCUGUGCAAAAAAAAAAGCUGUUUUUCUAAUUGUCGAUCAAAAAAACGUAAAAUAAAUGUUUUUGUAAUUGUUGUUGUGUGUGUUGUUCAAUCCGGAGGUCGCGGGUUCAAAUCCUGGCUCGUACCAAUGAGUUUUUCGAAACUUAUUAUGACGAAAUAUCAUUUGAUAUUUACCACUAGCUUUUCGGUGAAGAAAAACAUCGUGAGGAAACCUCAUACAUCUGCGAAGAAAUUCAACGGCGUAUGUGAAGGCCCCAAGGCAUUGGGCUAGCGUGGGGACAUUAGCCCAAGCCCUCUCGCGCAUGAGAGGAGGCCUGUGCCCAGCAGUGGGACGCAUGUAGGCUGAAUUAUUAUUUCUAAUUGUAAUUUUUUCGUACCUAAAUAUAUCUAUUAUAGUAAUGGUUUGUCGAAUGAAACCAUGAAAAAAAAAAUGUAAACUUAUAAAAAACAUUUAACGUUCGCAAACGCCAAAUUACUCUCAGCAAUUCCGAAUUUAUUCUGAUAUUUGCUUGGCACUAAUUCAUUUUCAUGUUUUAAAUUAGCGGCAUGGGUUCCCGAGUCCUUUAUAAAGGACAAAUUCUUUUUACUUUUUUUAAAUAAUGCAUGGGACUUGGUUCCAAAUUCGGAACAAUAGCUUGUUGGUCAUUUUGUGUUAAAUUAUCACUGUGACAAUAAAUGUAUUGAAAUGAAAAGUCACAAAAGUGACUUGUCGUGUUAGUGUCAUAAGAUAGGGUAAUUCGCCAGUAACUGGCCACCGGCUAAUAACUGGCCACCCUAAACUAAAACUAAAUGCUAUUCAUAUAUAACUGAAUUCAUUUUAGUAUAACAUUUCAAUAGCUGGCCAUCCUUUAAUAACUAGCCACCUUAUAAUAAUAUGAAUUCUGUUUAUAGGUGAAUAGAAUUCAUUUUUAGUUUAGGGUGGCACUUGCUUAUUCGAGUUUUAGUUAUACGAUCUGUUUCCGUUAUCAUACCUACUGAUCGUCAGACUGACUGUCUUAAAGGUCAGUUCAGUAACUAAAACUCGAAUUGGCCUUUAAUUCGUAAUUUAUAGUAAUCGUGUUCCUGUAGUAUUUUGUAAUCGUUUUUGGUAAUUAUAAAAAUGGGUAAAUUACUUAUUAGUAUUUGAAAUAAUGAUACCUAACUUGUUAUGGGUUUGCGCGGCUUUUUAUAUCGUUCUACUUUAGAGAGAUGUGUACGGCUUCAGAUAAGAGACUUGUAAUUGGAGUCCGGUCCUUUAGUCCUAUUUCGUAACCUUUAGUAUUUAGCAGAGUGCAGAAUUUUAGUUCUACUUUGGAACUCUCUUAUUAAAUGGGAAUUUACAUUGCCAGUUUGACCUUAAGGUUACAAAAUGGAAGUAAA